GCCCCGCGCUCUCCGAGACGCCGCGCGGAGCCCCGAGGUUAGCGCCGAGCGCCAGGCGUGGGGGAGGGGACGGGGCCCGACCGGAGCCCCGCGGCGACCCAGAGCUGCCCAACUUUCCUGGGCUUGGAGGAGCCGGGGGACUCGCCCGCACAAGGUGAACUUUGGUCGCGGAAAACUCAAGCCAGGUGCUGGGAUCCGUGCUUUGGCGGUGUGGACGCGCGCACAGUGCGCGCGGAGCUGCGAGUCAGAGUACCGCGGCCCCCUCCACUCGCGCCGGGCCGCCUGGGCCCGCAGCCCCCGGCCCCGCUCCGGCGCCUCGGCCCGGGGGACCAGCGCGGCGCCCUCGUGUGGUUUCCUCCCCCUCCCCCUUCGGGGGUGGGGGUGGGGCGGGGAGAGGGGCGCCCGGAGAGCCACCUCGAUUGGCAGCUUUGUUAUUGAUCAGAAAGUGCUGGCUGCGGAACUGGCUUCCAGACUGACUUGGCGCGACCCUUGAGUGUUCGCCUCUGUCCAGGCCCCCCAACUGACAGGUGCUCCCAGCAACUUGCUGGUGACUUCUCGCCGCUCCCCCGGCUCCCCCGCGUCCCCACCCCCUCUUUCCUCCCUCGCCUUCACCCCCACCCCCACCACUUCGGCACAGCUCAGGAUUUGUUUAAACCUUGGGAAACUGGUUCAGGUCCAGGUUUUGCUUUGAUCCUUUUCAAAAACUGGAGACACAGAAGAGGGCUCUAGGAAAAAGUUUUGGAUGGGAUUAUGUGGAAACUACCCUGCGAUUCUCUGCUGCCAGAGCAGGCUCGGUGCUUCCACCCCAGUGCAGCCUUCCCCUGGCGGUGGUGAAAGACUCCGGAGUCGCCGUUUCCCAAGUGCCCGCCGUGAGUGAGCUCUCGCCCUACUCAGCCAAAUGCUCCUCUUCGGGCUUCUCCUGCUGACAUCUGCCCUGGCCGGCCAGAUUCACGGGACUCAGGCUGAGUCCAACCUGAGUAGUAAAUUCCAGUUCUCCAGCAACAAGGAACAGAACGGGAGGAACUAUACCCAAGCAUCUGGACUGGCAUAGAAAAGAGGAGAAAGAACAUUUAAAAGGAGUACAAAAUCCCCAGCAUGAGAGAAUUAUUACUGUGUCUACAAAUGGGAGUAUUCACAGCCCAAGGUUUCCUCAUACUUACCCAAGAAAUAUGGUCUUGGUAUGGAGAUUGGUAGCAGAGGAAAAUGUGUGGAUACAACUUACAUUUGAUGAAAGAUUUGGGCUGGAAGACCCAGAAGAUGACAUUUGCAAGUAUGAUUUUGUAGAAGUUGAGGAACCCAGUGAUGGAACUGUAUUAGGGCGCUGGUGUGGUUCUGGUCCUGUACCAGGAAAACAGAUUUCCAAAGGAAAUCAAAUCAGAAUAAGAUUUGUAUCUGAUGAGUAUUUUCCUUCUGAACCCGGAUUCUGCAUCCACUACAACAUUGUUAUGCCACAACUCACAGAAGCUGUGAGUCCUUCAGUGUUACCCCCUUCAGCUUUGCCACUGGACCUGCUUAAUAAUGCUGUAACCGCCUUUAGUACCUUGGAGGAUCUUAUUCGCUAUCUUGAACCAGAUAGAUGGCAGCUGGACUUAGAAGAUCUAUACAGGCCAACAUGGCAACUUCUUGGCAAAGCUUUUGUUUUUGGAAGAAAAUCUAGAGUGGUGGAUCUGAACCUUCUAAAAGAGGAGGUAAGAUUAUACAGCUGCACACCUCGUAACUUCUCGGUGUCCAUAAGGGAAGAACUAAAGAGAACCGAUACCAUUUUCUGGCCAGGUUGCCUCCUGGUUAAACGCUGUGGUGGAAACUGUGCCUGUUGUCUCCACAACUGCAACGAAUGUCACUGCGUCCCAAGCAAAGUCACUAAAAAAUAUCACGAGGUCCUUCAAUUGAGACCAAAGAUUGGUGUCAGGGGAUUGCAUAAAUCACUCACUGACGUGGCCCUGGAGCAUCACGAGGAGUGUGACUGUGUGUGCAGAGGGAACACAGGAGGAUAACCACAUCACCACCAGCUGCCCUUUC